AUGUUGCUUUUGUUCAUGUUGCUGGAGCCGUACGUAUCCGCCGGUCUAGUUGAUGAUAUUGCGCAGGACAUAGUGCGCAACGCGGUAAAACAGUCGAUAUACGAUGCAAAAGAUCAUGCUAUUGAAAAUUUUAAUAGCACGCUUAGGACGUAUGCCGAUCCGAUUGUGGACCAGAUGGAACAUUUGCGUUCAUUUACACGUCUCAGCUGGAAUGAUGUGUGGUAUGCUGUAAAAAAUUUAUCGCCCUACAAAAUAACAGCAAAUCCAGAUUAUGUAGGACAGAGAGCUAAUGCGUCACACCUCCCAAUACCAUCAUCUUCAUCGAGCACAACCUUCUCCAGUGCCCCUUCUGGCACAACAUCACCGAGCACCGAUGGUGCACACUCUCCACAUGAGCCCAAAAGCCUUUUGAAUGAUCACAGUCCGACGAACAGAGCUGCAUCCAAGUCUUCAAAGACUGAAGCAGCGCAUGAGCCCAGGAUUUAUGAUCUGUGGUUCAGAUAG